AUGGAGGAACCUUAUCUAUUCCUGAACAGAGGUUUCUUUGAGCGAUCGUCCUUUUUCAUAAAGUUCCGUGUACCUGAAUCCAGGUUUCGUGGGGUUUUUGCGCCAGGCAUCCCUCUUCUAGGGGAAACACCAAUCGACGCUGCUUUGCCUGAUGAUCUCGAAGACUCCGAGCCUUCUGAGCUCCCUGAGUUCCCUGAGUUCCCUGAGUUCCCUGAGUUCCCUGAGAUCCCUGAUACUCCUGAGACUCCUGAACCUUCUGAACCUUCUGAGAUUCCUGAAUCUUCUAAGCCUUCUGAACCCUCUGAACCCUCUGAGCCCUCUAACUCUCCGAAAGCUUCUCGUACUUGGUCGCGAUCAAAAGGGAAAAGAGUUUUGUCAAGAAUCGUCUGCAAGUUGAGGUCUAUGGUAAAAUUUCGGCGCGUGUGCGAGGAGAACGACCAGAAGACUUUUCAGCAAAGCGACGAGACGACUUCUGAAGAAAACAACGAGAUGAACUUUGAAGAAAACGACCAGAGGACUCGUGAAGAAAGUGAUCAGGAGAUUUUUCAGCAGAGCGACAAGACAACUUGUGAGAAAAACGACCAUGAGACUUUUCAACAGACGGACGAGACGCAUUUUGAAGAAAAUAGCCAGACGACUCGACGAGACAACUUGUGA